AUGAGUAAAAAGUCCAUUUCUGAUAAAAAGGAAGUCAAAGCACAUCCAUCUACUAGAUCUAAAUUUUUUCCGAUCAGUGUAGUAAUUUUAAUCAUAUCUAUAGUAAUCUAUAUAUUAUUAUCUGUUGGUCAUUUUACUUCACUACAAUGCCGAUUAUUAAGGAUAGGAUGUCUUAAUACGAAAGUUCAAGGUUAUGUAGCACCAGAGUUUAUUGAUGUAGAAAAAACAUUUAUAAAAAAUUUUGAAAAUGGUUAUGAAGUUGGUGCAAAUGUUGCAGCUUACUAUAAUGGUAAGCUAGUGGUAGAUUUACAUGGUGGAUACGCUGAUCUUGAGACAAUGCGUGAAUACGAUAAUAAUACUUUACAAUUUGUUUUUUCAAGCACUAAAGUUAUGAGUUCAAUCGUUAUAGCAUACUUAGUAGAUCGAGGAAUUCUUGAUUACAAUGAAAAAAUAUCCACAUAUUGGCCAGAAUUUGCUCAAGGUAAUAAGGAAAAUGUUACACUUCUGGAUCUAGUAAAUCACCGAGCAGGAGUAAAUUAUCUCGACAAUAUGUCAGAUUCUGAUUUUGAAGAUCUCGAUAAAUUAGCAAAAGUUCUUGCCGCUCAACCACACUCGUUCGACGGUGUUCCUAAUCGUGCAUAUCAUGCAGUAACUCGUGGGUGGUAUUUAAAUGAGGUUGUUCGUAGAGUUGAUCCAAAACAUCGAACUAUUGGAAAAAUUGUUUCAGAAGAAAUUUUGACGCAAUACGAUUUAGAAUUUUAUAUAUCAUUGCCACCAAGUCAUAUAUCGAGGGUUGCAAAGUUUUACAAACCUAAAAGUUGGAAUAUUAAACGUGUGUUUAAUAUGUUAGAAGCUUUGUGGAAUAAGAAAAUGUCAACCUCUGAUGUUUGGGAACUUAUAACUGAUAAAAGGAAGAUGUCUAAAAUUUUUGCAAUCCCUGGAAUUUCAGACUUAGCUGAUGCAAUAAAGUUAGAGUCGAUCACUAAGGAACAUCCAAGUGUUAAUGGAAUCACAAACGCUAAAUCAAUCGCUAAGAUGGGUGCCAUGAUUGUAAAUAAUGGUCAACCUCUCAAUACUGAUAGUUCUAAGCCUUUCCUUUCAAAGUCUACAGUGGAUUUCAUUUCCACUAAAUUACCGGUAGCUUUUGAUCAUGUUAUUCUUGCAAAUUUUACACCCGCAGCUGGUGGAUUUGCUUAUUUUAGACUUCCUGAGAUUGAAGAUGUAGAAUUCCUGGGAUGGGGGGGAUAUGGUGGAAGCUUAUUCUUAUGGAAUCGAGAACUAGGAAUCUCAUUUGGUUAUGUCAUGAACGGCCUUUGGGCUCCUGUGCAUGGUGAAAUUGCUGAUAAAAGAGGGUGGAGUUUGUUAAUAGAUGUUGUGAAUGCAGUCAAGAAAUUAAAAAAAAUGCAAGCCUAA